CUUCUGUUCUGUUUUGUCUCUAUGGAGAUAGGUAAAGUCUUGGUUUGAUGAACAUCUUGUUCCAUGCAUGUUCUGCUGCUAUAAAAUCAAAGAGUCGCAGUCUUGUUGGAUACCACUCAACUUGUAGGAUUAGUAUUAACUCAGCUUUGGAAAGUCUUCUCGUUCGUUCAUAUUCAUCUGCAAUGACAAAGAGGGAUGGUUCUAAAGAAAAAAAGAAGAAUGCUUCUAAAGGAGAAAAGAAGAAUGGUUCUAAAGGAGGAAAGAAGAACGGUUCUCAAGGGAAAAAGCCAGAUCACGCUCAUGCACCUAAAAAGAAGGAUGAGAAAAAUGCUUUCUUUGUCGUUAGGAAAGGAGGCCUGGUUGGUAUCUACAAAAGCUUGAAUGAUUGCCAGUUUCAAUCGGGAUCCUCGAAUUGUGAUCCUCCCGUCAGUGUGUAUAAAGGCUAUUCCAUGACUAAGAAGACAAAAAAAUACCUUAACUCUAGAGGGAUUAAAGACGCUCUUUAUUCUCUCAGUGCUAAAGACUUUACUGAAAAUCUUUUUGGCACUCUAUUACCAUGCACAUUGAAGAAAGUAUCACAUGAAGCAGUGAGGUCAAAGAAUGGGGUAAUUCCGUUUUCUUGGCUUCAUUUGUUUUUGCCAUGGGGUACAUUUUGUUCACGUACCUGCAGCCCUCCUGUAUGCUUGAAUGUGAUGGUUCUUCCAAAGCAAAUGGACAAGCAGGGGCAGGUGCUGUGCUACGUGCAGAUAAUGGAAGUGUGAUUUGUCGCCUUCGUGAAGGUUUGGGCACUGCAGAUUCUACAACAGCCGAAUAUAGGGCCAUUAUUUUGGGAUUAAAGUAUGCACUUCGCAAAGGAUUUGCUCACAUUCGUGUGCAGGGUGACUCCCAAUCUGUCUGCAUGCAGAUCCAGGACCAGGUGAAAGUUAAAAGCCCAAGCAUUUCAAGCUUGUGCGAGCAGGCCAAACAACUCAAGGCCAGCUUUCAAUCCUUCCAGAUAAAGCAUGUUCCACGGAAAUCCAAUUGUGAAGCUGAUAAACUGGCAAGUUUGGGUGCUGAGCUCCCUGAUGGCCAGAUUGAAGAGGAGAUGGAGAAAUGAGGCAUGGGUUCCUUAGUAUUUGGCUUUCAUGUAAACCACUGAAUGUAGUUCAUGGCAUGCAAAACAUACAUUGCAUGAAUAUGGUGUCAAUGAAGCAUUAUUUCAUCGUAAAUUGUAAUUACUCUUUUCUGUAUAUAUUUUUAGUCUUGUCUCCUUUUUCUAUCACAAAUACAUGGUCAGACAAAAAAACGCUCCUCGUCUUAGCUAU